UGGACCCCUAUAAAAUAAAUGUUAUAGAAUGGAACUUCUGGAUAAAACAAUCAAUAGCUACCUUGAUGUUUGGCUUGGACCCAGAGACCCCAGAGUAAAAGGAUGGCUUCUUCUGGAGAACUAUUCACCUACCUUUAUCUUCUCAAUGUUGUACUUACUAAUCGUAUGGCUAGGACCAAAGUACAUGCGGAAUAAACAACCCUUCUCGUGCAGGGGUAUUCUAGUGGUCUACAACCUUGGACUUACGCUGCUUUCUCUAUAUAUGUUUUAUGAGCUGGUGACAGGAGUAUGGGAAGGAGGAUACAACUUCUUCUGCCAAGAUACGCACAGUGGAGGUGAAGCUGAUAUGAAGAUCAUACGUGUGCUCUGGUGGUACUAUUUCUCCAAACUGAUUGAAUUCAUGGAUACCUUCUUUUUUAUUCUGCGGAAAAAUAAUCACCAGAUCACUGUUCUGCAUGUCUAUCACCACGCGACCAUGCUGAACAUCUGGUGGUUCGUUAUGAACUGGGUGCCUUGCGGUCACUCCUACUUUGGUGCCACGCUGAACAGCUUUAUCCAUGUCCUCAUGUACUCCUACUACGGCUUGUCAGCGGUUCCAGCCAUGCGGCCGUAUCUGUGGUGGAAGAAGUACAUCACUCAGGGGCAGCUGACUCAAUUUGUCCUGACAAUCUUCCAGACCAGCUGUGGUGUUGUUUGGCCAUGUGCAUUUCCUCAGGGGUGGCUGUAUUUCCAGAUCUCUUACAUGAUUUCUUUGAUUAUCCUCUUCACAAAUUUCUACAUCCAGACUUACAACAAGAAGGCAUCCUCGAGGAGGAAAGAGUAUCAGAAUGGCUCUACAGCCACUGUGAACGGGUACACAAACAGCUUUUCUUCCCUUGAGAACAAUGUGAAACAACGAAAACAAAGGAAGGAUUGAAGACCAAACUGAAAAACCAUUUUGAUACCCCCAACAACAAAAUCAUCUGAUUGUAAGCACAAUAAGAGUUGUGCACUAAUACUCUAAUGGCUACUGUAACUAUUCCUGCCUAGAAUAGUGUGAUUUAUGUAGGACUUAACCAGUGCAAACACCCUAGAAACUGUAUGCAGAAUAUAAAAGUAGGUUAAAGUUUAAUAAUAAUUCUGGGCUGUCACUGACCCUGCUAUAGACUGUGGAAGGGAGUAUUGUAGUAUAUGACACUGCUGUUGCCUUACUAGUCAAUAUGAUAGGUGCUGAAUUAUGAUUCACAAUUUGAAAACACUGUAAUCUAAACUCCAUUUUUUUACUGUAGAUUAUGCAUGUGAUUGUAGAGGUAAUUUGUACGAUGCUGGUUUCAGUAGAUAAACACACAUGCCUUAAAAAAAAUAAAAAGCAGGGCCCAAAGCUUACUACUGGUUUAAAAAUGAUGGUGUGUUUCAACUUUUGGUUGAUUGACUUUUUAUUAAAAAGUCAUUUAGAAGAAUCCAUUGAUCAUUUUACUGUUCUGUAUGUGAUACAUGGUGUUAGGUAUCUCCUACGUGAUACAGUGAAAUUGGAAAUGGCACAUUUAGUUUUGUAUAUUUGGCUUUAUCUGACUAAACAGUCACAAACCUGAUGGAAAAGUUAUUUUACCUUUUUAAUAGAUCUUAUUUUUUUAUUUGAACUAUGUCACUUAUGUAAAAUUAAUUGGCGCUUAUACAGUCCAGUAAGACGUAAGUAUUGUCGCUUAGAGUAUAUACAGGGUGGACCCAUCUUUUUUUCUUCUCUUUCUUUUCUUAUUUCUGAGAAUUGUUUCAUGCUAAUUGAAGAGUGGUUUUUAAUAUGGGAACUGGCAGAGUUUCAAGUGUUGUUACCACAGCCAUAUCCACAUUUUAGGAGCAACUAUGUAAGUCUGUAACAUAUCCAAAAAUGAAUUUACAAAUGGAGAUAGAAAGAUACUUUUCUGAUGGGAUUGUUUGUAUUUAAGUUGGUAUCCGUACUGUUCUUUGUAUUGCAUAUGUUCGUUUUUAAAAUGUGCCUCGCAAAAACAAUUUUUUCCCCAAAAAAGCAAAAUUAAACAGUCUUAAGUUAUACCUGAUGUUUUUUAAAUGUURCUGAAAUGUGCUGGAGGUGAGCGUGUGUUUCUGUAAUGUGAGUUGUGUAUGUCACCUGUAAUGUUUUGGCUUGUUAUCUGAAGAUUUGUUUAGAGAGCUGUUAAAAUUACUCCUUACUGUAAAAUCUUGCCUUGCACACCCGAGGAGUCAGUUGCAAAAAACAAUAUCUAUUGCUGGUAUGUUAUUAUGGCAUCUCCUCGGUGGAGUUUGGCUUAUGGAUAUCUGAUUCAUUAAGCUCUGAAAAAUUAAAUUGUGCACGACAUUUCUGUUGAUCAUCACUCAAGCUAAAC